AUGAAGGGUGGAUCAUCUUCUUUAAAUCCCUAUGCAACAUCAUACGUACCACUCUCAAAAAGAGGAGGAACUGAUGGCAUCAAAGAUUUUAGACUUUUGGCAAAUCAAUUAGAUAGUGGAAAUCAUUCCGUCUGGUUUGGACAUCAACCAAAUCUUAUAUGCACACAAGGACAGCACCAAAACCUUUCUCAAAGCUAUGUCAACGGUGCUGAUGCUGUUCAAGUUGCUCAGAUUUCUAACCCUAAGUAUCAUUGUGGUGGUGAAUUCUAUACCUCAUCAUCAUAUAAUCCACAUGAGUUGUCUGGAAAAUCAAGCUUCAGUGAAGAAUCUGACUUGGAUUUGGCAUAUCUUCAGAUGACAUUUCCUGGUAUAUCAGAGGAGUCUCUUUUGGAUGUCUAUGUGGCCAACAAAGGUGACCUGGACUCAACAGUUGACAUGCUGAAUCAACUUGAGAUCUAUCCAGAGUUUUCUGAAAAGCUUCCCGACACUUUGGACAUUGGAGACGUGCCAGAAUCUGGAUCCUCUAGUGAGGUAACAUCUCAGAAACUGAAGAAUGUGACAGGUAAAGCCGGGGCAUCAACACUUGGUUCAUCCAUGCUUAUCUUCUAA